CGGCGACCGAAAGAAACCCAGCGGCAGCCGCUUCGCCGGCGGGCGCCUCCCGUCUCGUACCCGCCGGCCGGCCUUGCUAUAUAAGCCGCCCGCGCCGCGGCCGCGCACACGAGUCCCGAGCACCGGUCGUCGCCGUUUGCCCGCGUCCGCACGCUCGCUCGCUCACCGCCAGAGCAGAGCUCUCCGCCCACCCCGCUCCGAGAAGAAGGUCCGGCCGCGGCGGCGGGCGAUGGCGCGGAAGAAGAUCCGGGAGUACGACUCCAAGCGCCUCCUCCGGGAGCACCUCAAGCGCCUCGCCGGCAUCGACCUCCAGAUCCUCUCCGCACAGGUUACACAAUCAACGGAUUUCACUGAGCUUGCAAACCAGGAGCCAUGGCUCUCAUCUAUGAAGUUGGUCGUGAAACCGGACAUGCUGUUUGGUAAACGUGGUAAGAGUGGACUUGUGGCCCUCAACCUAGACAUUGCCCAAGUUCGCCAAUUUGUUAAGGAGCGGUUGGGAGUUGAGGUCGAGAUGGGUGGCUGCAAAGCUCCAAUUACAACCUUCAUAGUUGAGCCAUUUGUGCCCCAUGAUCAAGAGUACUACCUUUCGAUUGUAUCAGAAAGGCUUGGCUGCACCAUUAGUUUCUCCGAGUGUGGAGGUAUUGAGAUUGAGGAGAACUGGGACAAGGUUAAGACAAUCUUUCUUCCCACAGAGAAGCAAAUGACACCUGAUGCAUGUGCUCCCUUGAUUGCCACCCUGCCUUUGGAGGUUCGCACAAAAAUAGGUGAUUUCAUUAGAGGUGUAUUUUCUGUUUUCCAAGACUUGGAUUUCUCAUUUCUUGAGAUGAACCCAUUCACCUUGGUAAAUGGUGAACCGUAUCCUCUGGAUAUGAGAGGAGAACUAGAUGACACAGCCGCUUUCAAGAACUUCAAUAAGUGGGGUAACAUUGAGUUCCCUCUACCUUUCGGAAGAGUUCUCAGUCCCUCAGAAAGCUUUAUCCAUGAACUGGAUGAGAAGACAAGUGCUUCUCUGAAAUUCACAGUAUUGAACCCAAAAGGACGCAUUUGGACGAUGGUUGCAGGUGGUGGUGCCAGUGUCAUAUAUGCUGAUACGGUUGGAGAUUUGGGAUAUGCUUCGGAGCUAGGAAAUUAUGCAGAGUACAGUGGAGCUCCCAACGAGGAGGAGGUUCUGCAGUAUGCUAGAGUGGUUCUGGAUUGUGCUACUGCUGAUCCUGACGGGCGCAAGAGAGCCCUUCUCAUUGGAGGAGGUAUCGCUAACUUCACCGACGUCGCUGCCACAUUUAGUGGCAUCAUUCGGGCUUUAAGAGAGAAGGAAUCGAAAUUGAAGGCCGCAAGGAUGAACAUUUACGUCCGGAGAGGUGGUCCAAACUACCAAACCGGACUCGCGAAAAUGCGCACUCUUGGUGCAGAACUUGGUGUUCCAAUUGAGGUGUACGGACCAGAGGCGACCAUGACUGGGAUAUGCAAGCAAGCCAUUGAUUGCAUCAUGGCUGCGUAGGCUACCGUAUAGUUGCACCUUCUGCAGUUGCAUCCGUUUUGUACUUGAAUGUAAGCGAUUGUUCGAGUGAAACAGAGAACGAUCAUUGUUGUGAGAAAACUCUGCCUUUGUACCAAAAUUACGCAAUAAUCAAGAUCUUGGCUUGGGAUGUGAACGUGUA